AUGAUAUCAUGCGGAGAGGGUUUCCCGCCAGGUUUUCGGUUCCGGCCGACGGACGAGGAGCUGCUGUGUCACUACCUCAGGCGGCGCGUGGAGGGCCUUCCCAUCGCAUGGAAUGCGAUCGGCGACGUGGAUCUGUACAAGUCCGAACCUUGGGAACUGCCAGUGCAAUCCCGUUCUGCUGGCCAAAGCAAGUCCAGAGCAACCUGCCCUAUUCCUGGCGAUGGCGAAUGGUUCUUCUUUGCAGCCCGCGACCUCAAGUACCCAUCGGGGUACAGGUCUAACCGCGCCACAACUGCUGGGUACUGGAAGGCAACUGGGAAGGACAGGCCAGUGCACGUGCGGCUAUUAGGCGGCAGCAGUGGUAAUGAGGGCAAGGGGGAGCAGACAGUCAGAGUGGGAUUAAAAAAGACUCAUGUCUUCUACAUGGGCCGAGCGCCAGGAGGGGACAAGACUGACUGGGUGAUGCACGAGUACCGGCUGGCAGAGGAUUCGCCUGUAGCUGGACCGGCUUCUACAGACGUGGCACGCGCUACAGCUGCAGCAGGGGAUUUGGACCCUCCAGAAGCUGCAAACGCAGAUGUUACGCGUGAAAGCAAUGCAGCUGGAGUGGAUUCAGGAGAUGGUACUGCCAUAUGCCGAAACAGCAGUAGAAAAGAUAAAGCGACCGGCACUGACACCAGAGGUCUGGAAGCUGCGGUUGGUGCAGGUGGUGCUGCAGAUGGUGGGCUAGCCAGGAGCAGCAGCAGCAACAGCCCCAAAGCUAGCAGCCCAAAGGCCGAAUCUGGCAGUGACCGACGGAUUGGCACGACAUCGUGGGUGGUUGUGAGGGUGUUCAAGCGAAGCUCCCUGACGGCUGAGGAGCAAGCGGUGGUGCCACCGCAGGGGAUGGUGGCACAUCAAGCAAUUGCGGCACAACAAGCAAUGGUUGCACAGCAAGCAGCGGUAGCACAGGCUAUGGUGUCCCAGCAGGAGAUGGUAGAACAGCAGGCAGUGAAGGUGCAGCUACAUGAGGGUAAUAAUUCUCCAACUACCCUUACAAGGAGCCAGUCCCCCAACUCCUCCUGCUCCGCAAUGCCUGUGGAUGUCCAGAGCAGCGUUGUCGCAAGCCGAGCAGCAGAUGUGGAUGCAGCGAUGCCUGUGGGUCUGGAGGAGGAAAACGUAUCAAUAGUGGCAAAAGCUGCAAGAACAGGAGCAGCGGAGGAAGAUUCAGUACAAGCAGUAGCGAUGGAGGUAGAACGAACAGGAGCAGCAGGGGAAGCAGCAAUUGAUGUUAAAAGAGCAGGAGCAGCAGCUAGUGUAGCAGUGGGAGCGGCAGAUUUGGCAUCAGUAAAAAUGGAGGAAGCAGGAGUAGGAGCAGCAGUGGGAGCAGAAGUUGGAGCUGGUAACCUCUUUGCGCAUCCAGGUCCUGCCUCCCCUCUCCUCAAUCCGCUCAGCCCGCACUCUGAACACUCCCCUGCCCCAUUGCCCUUCCCCCAGCCCAUUGCUGGCAACAGCAGCCACGCAGAGCAGCAAGAGCUGUGUUUUAGACGCCAGCACAGCAGCAGCCCCGCAGAGCAGCAAGGGAUAUCGCCGCACUCUGAACUCUCCCCGGCCCCCUUCCUCCAGCCCAGUGCUGGCAGCAGCAGCCACGCAGUGCAGCCUGAGUUGUUGCUCAGGCACCAGCAAAGCAGCAGGCCAGCAGGGCAGCAAGGGCUUGUGCAAGGGUUGCACACGCAGCAGGGAAACAGCCAGCAAGAAGAGGGGUUCUUGAAAGGUCAGGUCUACCCCGAGACCUUGCCAUCCUUCAAGCACUAUCUGACUGACUUAAAGCCACCUGGCAGCAGCAGGGAUGGUGGUUGUGGUGUGGGAGGCGGGCAUGGAGUGGCAGGGCAGGUUGAAAUGGGAGAGCCGCAGCAAUCGGAAGAGGAGCAGCAGAUGCGAAAGGAGCAGAAGAAGAGGGAAAUGGCGGAAAAGCUGGACUGGAGGGUGGAGUGGGAUAGCAGCCAAGAUCAAUGGCAGAAGGAGAAGGGUGAACAGAAGCAGGUGAGCUGGCACCUGGAUCAGACGCAAACGGCCAGCAAGAAGAAAACGAGCGGGGAGAAGCUGAUGAACAGGCGGACGAGGCAGGUUACCAUUCCCAUGUUGGUCCCCCAACAGCAGAGGGCUCUACAGCAGGAACGAGCUGCUGUUUCUGCUGCUGAUGGUGAUGGUGCUGGUGGUGGUGCUGCUGCGUUUGCUGCUGAUGCUGCCAGCAAUAAGUCAGCUAGUAGUGCUGCUGGUGCACACAAGUCUCCCAGUGAAGGCGUCAACCAGUAUCACUCACCCUUCCGUCCCUCCCACAGCCUAGAGUAUGCGCAACCCCAGUGGUUGGAGGGACAAGGGGGGCGACAAAGGCUGUAUGGCAGGAAUCCAAGCGAAUCUCUGCUGCAUACGAGUCUGUGGGAGAGCAGAGAAAACGAGGUGGCUGGAGAGGGGGUGGAAGGAGAGAGAACGGGAGAUUGGAGUGGUGGGGAUGGUGGCUUAGAGGAAAUCGUUCGCAGCAGCAACUGGCGUGUAGGAGCACAGGUUUCGGGGGUGGAGAACAAAGAAGAAGGCUUGAGAGGAGGGUUGGGACUUGCAGAAGCAGCAGCAAGGGUAGAACCAACCAGUGCAGACGUGGCGACAGCAGGGGUGGGAUUUACAGCAGCAGGAGUAGCUAUGGAAGCAAGAGGAGGAGGAGGAGGAGGAGGAGGAGGAGGAGGAGGAGGAGGAGGAGGAGGAGGAGGAGGAGGAGGAGAGGACAUGAUGACAUCGGGGUAUUCCAUGUUCACACCCAUGCAUGAUGAGUCUGGAAACCCGUUUACAUCAGAGGAGGGGAAUGUUGCCAACGUGGGUGCUUAUCCCAUUUCCAACGCCGCCGGUAGCAGUCAUGGCAUGUGGCCUAAGGGGCAUGAGGAUCUGUUGCUGCCUCAUGGAUGCCUGGGGAUGGGGUGGGCUUUGACCAAGUGGAUGCCUGGCAAUAGGGUGGGCUUUGCAAUCGUGGAGGCUUGA